CACGGCGGACGAUGGGGUUGUGGGCCGUGGUGAGGAUCGUGGUGACGAUGUGCACGAGGGUGGUACUUGGGGCGGCGUUUCCAGCGUGGGUGGGGAUUGUCGUGGUCGCGUUUGUUUGCGGCAUGAUGAAGUUGUGUGUGGGAGAUGGGGUGGUUCUUGUUUGUGUUUCCGGGUGAUGUCCUGGUGUGUGGGUGCUUGGGGAAGGGACAAGCACGCAAAUGCCGGCUCACGAGAUUAUAAGAGCUGUAUCGUUCGUUCCUUCGCUCUGCUACACUUCGAAAGCAUCCCACAGAGCGAUAGGACGGAGUCCACCCAAAACCUGGCAAGCCUUUCCUCGUAUGCUAUACCGGCUAUCGACACUAAAUCAUCUCCUCCUUCACCACAAUGUCGUCGAAAAACGUACUUUACCUCCUCACCUGCCCUUCCUGCCAACCUUCUUGCUCACGGAUUCUAGCAACGACCCGCUCCGCCGCACCCAGUGCCUCGCUCGCCCAACGUGGAACGGCUCGGAAACUUCAGUAUGUCUCGUCUCUCUUUCACCUCGUCAUCACCUUCCGCACACAUCUGAUGGAAUCGCAGUGAUGAGCCUCUUCGGCGCAGCCGCCCUGAUGCCGUUCCUCUGGGCUCUGCUUGAGGCUCUUAACCUUGUGAAGAAUGCUUUUUUCCAUAGUGGAUAUUGGAUGCUGAUUGGAGCUUGGGUUUUGCUGGCGUAUGGAGUGUCGUUCUUGGAUGGACUAGAGGCUCUGGAUGAGAGUGAGGAUGGAGAAGUUGAUCAAGAAGGUGAGGACGACAAACAUGAGGAGUGAGUCGGUGGUGCUUGUGGGAUGGAUGGGAAAUUGGAUGGAUAAGAACGGAAUCAACAGAAGUUGGGCAAGUUUUUAUUGAAGGGAGGGCAGGCAUGGCGGU